AUGGCCAUCACAGAGCUUCCCACGCCAGAUCACUGCCUGGCAGACUUUUGUCUGAUUCCGAUCGGAACAGCAUCAGCGUCCGUCUCCGCGCAAGUUGCAGACGUCCAGCGACUGAUCGAGCAAUCGGGCCUGAAAUAUACGAUGCACUCUGCAGGAACAACUCUUGAAGGAUCAUGGGAUCGCGUGCACCAGGUCAUCGGACAAGCGCACACUCUCCUCCAUCAGCGGGGAAUUGUCCGCAUUCAGACGGAUAUUCGAGUUGGAUCGCGAACCGACAAGGAGCAGACUGCCGAGGACAAAGUGAAGAAAGUACAGCAAUUGCUGGCACAGGACAAGCAGUGA